AAUUACAUUAAUCAUGGCUGAAUUCCAUUUAGUUGCUUCAGAUUCAGUCUCCUGUGGUUUUGAUUACUGGGACAAUACAAUAUAAUGUUGCUAUUGUAAAUAUUACCAGUAACACCUGUGCUUUCCUACUAUGACAAGUCAGAUUAUGCUGUGCAAAAAGUGUGUUGCUGAAAAUCUGUUUUUACUGCAGUAUGGCUUCGACCUGGAGAAAUGGAUCUUAACUGGUCAGCAGCCAGCCUGUCAGGCCCCAUCCUGCCCCCCCUACUGGCUGAUGUUCAGCAGCCCUCAGGAGCGCCGCAAGGCCAAUCGCAGGAGCAGCGACAUAUGGUCCCCGAGCCCCCGGCCCCGCAGUCACAGCCUGAACUCUGCAGACACUCGCUGGCUGCACUAUCGCACCGUCAGGUUCUUCAGCUCUGACUCUGAGGAUGAAGAUGGUUACCAUGAGGAUAAUGAAGCCUCCUCUACCGAAGACACACCUCGCACCAUCAAGAGCAGAGAGCGGCCCCGGAGCGCUGCACCCAAAGACCAGCUCUCCAGAGUCAAAGACAUGCACCAUGGUCCUUCCACUCACCACGGUAAGCCUGCCUCACCUCAGAGCCUCAGAGGCUAUUUACCGUCUCUUCUAGACAGCAGACCACCUCUGCGAGGCCUGGACCAGCACAGGUCCCAGCAGGCCACCCCCGUCCCUCACUGGCAGAAGACCAGCAAAAAGAAGCUGCGUUCAAAGGGCUCUGUGGGCAGAAAGUACUCCCAGGACACACCACCUGCUCCCUCUCCACCCAGGCUGCACCAGCAACGACCCUCCUCUGCAGGGCCCGUUGGCACAAACUACAGACAGAAGGCACUGAGGACCGGUGGCUCUCGUGGUGUUUUCUUUGACUCAGCAGCGGAGUUGUUGUCAGCACUCAGCCAGGAAGAGAGGGAGCUACUUGAAACCAUCACAGAGAAGGGCUACCCUUUACGCACAGCGAUUCUGGCUCUGCAAAAGACCGGCUAUCACAGCCCAGAGAAGAUCUUAAAAUACCUGGUAGCCAGUGAUCGUCUGUGUGAGCUGGGUUAUGCUGAAGCUCAGGUGGAGGAGGCCUUGGAGAUGUUUCAGAACUGUGAAAGCAAGGCUGCUGAGUUCCUGCGUCUCCUCACUCAGUUUAAUGAGAUGGGCUUCCAGCAAAAUGCAAUCAAAGAAGUGCUGCUUGUCCAUGAAAAUCACCGCGAGAGGGCUCUUGAAGAACUCAUGACACGCAUGGCUUAAACAGAACAUCUUCAGUUCUAGUCUUCAUAGAUAAUGGAUUAUAUUCUGCAAUACACUGUGUGAAAUGUACUAGUAUGUAUACAGUAUGUACUAAGAUACAUGAUGUGGUUAAAACGAACACAAGGUUAACUUAAACCUUGUGCAACGCAACCAUUUAGAAGCCUUCGAGGUGUCUCCAAAAGGGAAAUUAACUGUCAGUAUCUUUGCACAUAUGGAAUAAAUAAAUAAGUAUCAGUAGCUUCUUUUAAAUCACUUAAAACCCAUUUUUAUAGAACUGCUUUUAAGUG